ACAGUUUGGAUUACUUUCAGAGCAGUUAGUUUCUAUCAUCAAUUUAUUAUACAAAAACUAUACCACAGAUAGAUCAGUAGAUAUGGGUUAAGACAUUGGAUGACCUUUCAAUUCUUGUAAUACUCCUUUUUUUCUUUUAUGUGCAAUCAGAAACAGCAGCCAUAUGACAUGCUGUCGAUAUGAUGUCUGAAAGACUUAAUGUUUAGAGAACAAAAUGUAAAAUUACAUCUGGGGAAAUAUGAAGUCUGAGCAUAGUAAUUCCCUUCAAGCUUUACAUAUAUUUGGGUUACAAUACCAAGGUGCAACCGUCGAGUAGCACAUAAUUCCAUGGUUCCAUGGCAUCUCUGGUCCACAUGCUGAUGUGCAUAAUUUCAGUAUUAAUUACUUCAAUAUUAACUUCCCCAAUAUGCUACAAACAAACAAAUGAUAUUUAAACAGGAUAUUGACUCAGGUGCUAUUUCCAUCAGAGCCACCAAGUAUGGCUAUAUUUCAAGAAUGCAGGAAAAUAAUUUCCACGGGAGGAACUGGGUGCCCUGCAAUGGAAUGGCACCCUGUCCAGGGUGUACCCCACCUUGUGCCCGAUGCUCCCUGGUAUAGGCUCCAGGUUCCUCGUGACCCUGAAAAGGAGUAAGCGGUAGAAGAUGGAUGGAUGGAUGGAUGGAUGGGAUGAACUGGUAGGAUAUUACUACUACUACUACUACUACUACUACUACUACUACUAAUAAUAAUAAUAAUAAUAAUAAUAAUAAUAAUAAUAAUAGGUGCCCUGGUGGUGCACUGGGUAACACUGCAGCUUCAGGCUCCUUAGUUCGAUUCUGAGUUUAGGUUAAUAUUUGUGUGACAUUUGGCAUGUUCUCCAUGAGGAUGUCCAUAAGGAUUUUCUGCAUGAUUCUCUGGUUUCCUCCUACUUUCGAAAAACAUGCCAGUAAUUGGCUUCAGUGCUGUGGAGGUUGGCCAUGCAAGGCACGCAAUGAAGGGGGCCUCUUACUGAAACUGGAUGAUCAUGCAGCUGGUCCGUGAACAUUAGUGAGAAGAAGAAAAGGUCAUUUUGAUCACAGUUAAAGGUAGAGUAUUCGAUAUAAGACCUUUUUCACACUUCCGUGGAAGGGUAAGUAGUAGCAUUUCAAAACGUCUGGUGAGAUAGUGAACAGUGGCGGCAAAUACAGCUCACACAGUCACAGCAGCAUGGACAUCAAACAUCUGUUGUCUGGUGAUAUACUGUAUAGGACUGCAAAUAUAUUGAUUUUGCAUUACGCCACUGGGCGAGUUAGCACUACUAAACUACCCGUAGGCGUGAAUGAGUCAACAAAUGUCUCAAACCUGCAAGCCUGACAAGGAUAAAACGAUUACUUAAUAAUAAUAAUACUAAGUAGAUGAAGAAGAAGAAGAAUUAUCAUCAUCAUCAUCAUCAUCAUCAUCAUCGUUGCUAUUAAAAUGCACUGAAAUACAUUACGCAUUUUAAUACAUUUCAAAGCAAAUAAAUUUUUAUCAUUUUAUCAUUUUGUCCUAUUAAGCAUGUCCCCUUAACCAUAACCUCUACCGCUACUACUUUCACUUUCACUUUGAGACUGGUAAACACAGCGCGCAUGAACACAGGUUACUAGCAGCACCCAGACUGUCUGCGUCCGCUUACUGCAGGAGACAACUGCGCCUCUUAAUGCGGAAGUUUGAGCUUAAAUGAAAAGUGAAACUGUAUAGAAUUAGGGGAUAUCCAGAAUCCGACAAUCAUUUAACCCGAGCUCAUCAUUUUUUUAUAUAUAUAUAUAUUUUUUUUUUCACGACUAAACAGUGUAAAGCUGCUGGUGUUACAGUUAAUGGUGUUUGGUGUUUGUUGAAAUAUCUCGUCAUGCUUGAAAUCUUCAUUUUCGCUUCUCUGCACGCGUUGGCACAAGGUGUGCAGGUUGCAGAUGUGAUGCUGUCCUGCUCCUUCAUUGAGGAGGGGGGAGGAAUGACAGGAGCUCACUUCAUACGCUCCCCUGCCACUGUGGUACUAAGGGACCUUCCUAUGAACUCUGACCUCUCACCAGAAACCAUCACUCCCUACAUCCCUCCUGUCACCCCUAACGCUGAUGACCUUAUUUUUGAGGCCACGGCGUCAUCAGUGGAGAUUCCUGAAGCAGAGUCUCUUCUCCAUGCGGACUGUAAUGAACAGGAAGUGAUUUGUGAAUUGAGUCGUUAUAUCCCUCGAGGCACAAAACCGGAUUCUGUACCUGUUUAUUUCAUCGCCUCAGUCCAGCUGGAAGGAGGCGGUGUCGGCUUCACUCUGGUGCUACAGGCGAUAGUCAAUGAGAAUGCAGAAUCAAAUACUGCAUCACUAAUACAGAGCAAACUUCAGCUUCCUCUGAGCCAGUGGGGAACUCUGAUCACAGAGGCUGUGUUUGUGGUGUUCUCUCGCUCACCUUCCGUCGCGACCCCUAUAGGAGAAGACACUGUAUUAGACUGUGGUUAUAGGCAAAGGGACAUCCCCGCAGAGCAGAAUUUGGCUCUUGAGUGGCGCUGGCAGUACAGAGGACAAGGACGGACCAUUCUGGAUAUGAAAGAGACUGAGGAAGGGACACUUGUGGAAGUGGAUCGAGAUGGAGCAAGUGCAAACUCGACCUUGCUAGUUAGAGACGGAAAUGCAUCUCUUACCAUGAACAAGUUAAAGGUCUCAGAUGAGGGCACAUACAUCUGCACCAUUAACUCUGGACCCUUUCAGACCCAGCAAAUAGUUCAGCUGAACAUCAUACAACCACCCAGAGUUUUUUUCUCAGAAAACAAAAUAACAUUUCAAGAUGAGUCUCCACAUAGACUGAGUUGUCACUGUCUGCAUUAUUACCCCCUAGAUGUAAAGGUGGAGUGGUUUUCUCAGCUCCCUUCAGAGACAGAGAGCAUCGACCUGACAGAGGGAGCCUCUUCCUCCAGCCAUCGGCAGCACAGUGAUGGGACGUUCUCUCUUUCAUCCUUCCUCAUCGUCCAACCAUCUGAACACCCUCCUGGCACUGUGUUCACCUGCAGGGUCUCUCACGUUGCCCUGCAAGCUCCCAGUGAAGUUAACCUGACAGUACUCACACCUGAACCAGGUCAAUUCAGCAAUCUGGGGGAAUAUUAUUGGAUGAUUCUGGUGACACUGAUUUUGUCAAUAGUGUUUUUAUAUCAAGCUUCAAGAUAGGUUCUGAAGAGCUUAAUGGGUGGCAUGGUGACUCACAACUCCAGGACCUGGGGGUUAAUCCUAAGCUCAGGUUACUGUCUGUGCCGUUUCACUUCUCUUUGUGUCUGUGUGGGUUUGCUUUAGCUUCCUCUCACCUGUGUGUGUGCGUGCGUGCCCUACAAUGGACUGUAAAGUGGCUACUCGCAUAGACCAUGUACUUUUUUAUGGGAGUAUGUAUGGAUGUAAAUGUGAAUUAAUUUAAGUUGAAAUGUGAACACUGAAAUAUACAGUAUACACUCGCCAUCAAA